AUGUUAGUAUCCAGUCGAAUCUUAGUAGAAAGUGCUCGUUUAAUAUUGAUAUAUGGAGGUCUAACAAUAUUAUUAUUUGGUAUGUUUGGUUCAUUAAUGGUCAUAAUUGUAUUUAAUUAUUAUCCAUUAAAUGAAAAUCCAUGUUCAAUAUAUAUUCGAGUUAUUGGAAUAUUAUCAUUUUUAUUUUUACCAAUUUAUUUUUUGCCAAAUAUAGUUACAUUUGGUUUUGAAAUAAAUUGGCUAUCAUUAAAUAGAAUUUUUUGUAAAUUUCAAAUGAGUUAUGCUGUAUUUACAAUAACAUCAAUAUUUAUAUUAAAUUGUUUUAUUUCAUUUGAUCGUUAUUCAAUAAUAUCAUCUUCACCGAAAAUUCGAUCAUUUAAUUCAAUUAAAUUAUCUCGUUAUCUUGUUUGUGCAGGUUUAAUUAUAAUUUGGUGUAUUUUUGGAAUACCUGUUGCUUUCUUUUUUGAUAAUAUUCCACAAGAAAAUCAAAAUGGAACAUUUAUUUGUACAUCAAGAUCAAAUGGUUUAUUAUUAUUUGCAGCACUUUUUUAUUUUCCAUUAUUGGAAGGAGUAUUACCUAUUCUAUUAGCUAUUUAUUUUUGGUAUAUUACAAGAAAACUUGUUAAACGUCUUAAUAAUCAACAUGUUAUACAAAGAUUUGAUAGACAAAUAACUCGAACAUAUAUGUUUCAAAUAGCUGGAAAUGCUAUAGCAUCUCUUCCAUUUGCUACGAUUAAUCUCUACAGAUCAUUGACAAUGCAAAAUAAAAGAAGUGAAAAUGAAGAAAAUAUUGUACAAUUUUUUCGUCUUCUUGCAAUAUGUUUAUUUUAUGUUCAAUAUUCGACAGAUUUUUAUAUUUAUAUGAUAACAUCGAGUGAAUUUCGAAUGAGAGCUUGUCAUAUUUUAUCUUUUUGGCAUCAUUGUAGAAGACCUUGGAAUAAUCGUGUCACACACGCUUAA